GAUCACUCUAAAAAAGGACAAUGCAAUAAGGACUCAGAGAUCUGAGUUCUUGGGACCUGAUGAGGAAUGCAGUCUUGGGUUCUUGAAGGACAAUAGUCAGGAAAAUUCAAGAAGCCAGAGAAAAGUGGGUACAGAGGGGGCCCCGCUGGGGAAUUAGGAAUAGGGGGAUCUGAGUCAUCAGAAAUGCAAACUUCAAGCUACAGGGAGCCAAGUGCUUGGACAAAGGAGCCCCUGGGCAGCAAUCAGAGAAAGGCUCUGGGCAGCCGGGGUCAGAAGAAAACAUAGCCCAGCAUCCAGGCAUCGAAGUAGAAUGUCCCCAGAAGAAGGCUAGCAGGCUAAAGCCAGUUGUGCCAAGACCCCAAGGAAAGGGCACCCUCUCCAGGAAGAACAGUGGUGAAUGUUCAUUCAACAGAGAUUCGCUGGUUACCCACCUACACCGCAUCAAGCCCUUUGCUGGAUGCUGGCGAGUUGCACAACCUUGCCCUGGAUGUGGAGUGAGUGGAACAGCAUUAAAGAGCUCACCGCACAGAACCAGGUAAACACUAGGACAGAGGACAUGCCUGCAGGGGAGGCAUGGAGGGCUGUGACGGGGAAGCUUCACAGGGUCAGGGGGCACUUGAGAGAAAAGCUGGCUGGAUAGAGAAGGGGCGAUAAGUUGCAGGCUGAAGCAGGGCCUGUGCCCAGGCCUGGAGGCACGGAGAGCUGAGCCUGUUAGAGCAGAGAGGGCAAGGAGGAGGGCGCAGCCUCUGACCUCACAAUACCCAGGGCCCACUGGGCCAGCCUUACAACCUGCAAACUCUGGUGCCCUCCUCCAGCCCGGGCAAGGCCCGGGGCCCUGGGCAGCCUCCAGGUGCAGUGCCCUCCUGUGGACUUCACCCUUCCCGUUGCCCCGGGGCAUGUCUCUACUCACCAAUUAUGAGGGGCUUCGGCAUCAGAUCGAGAGGCUGGUGCGGGAAAAUGAGGAACUGAAGAAGCUGGUGCGGCUCAUUCGGGAGAAUCAUGAGCUCAAGUCAGCGAUCAAGACGCAGGCGGGUGGCCUGAGCAUCAGCGGGUUCAGCAGCGGGCUCGGGGAGCUGGCAGCUGGCCCUUCUCCACACCAGGGUGUCUUCCUGCCCCCGUCCCCGGCGGCAGCAAAUGAACCUGUCCUGGAAGAAGUGGGGAUUGUGACUCUGGCACCCCUGGCCGACAUGCUAAGCAGCCCACAGCCCAGCUCUGCUGCAGGCCCCAUCGUGAACCCAUUGCCGGGCCCUCUCCACACGCUUCUACCUGCCCCAGGGCCCAUCUCACAGAGCAGCCCGCUCACCAGCCUCCUGACUGGCCCCCUGAGCAGCCACCUGGCCAGCCCCAUGGCUGUGUCCCCGGUGGGCACACUGGCCAGCUCUCUGGGCCUGCCCUCCACUGGCCCCCUGACUCCAAGCAGCCACCUGGCCAGCUCCCUGGGCCUGCCCCCCACCGGCCCCCUGAUGGCCCCUAUGACAGGCUCGGUGGGCGUCUCUCUGAGCAGCCCCCUGCUCACCUCCACAGCUGUCCCUCUAGGUGUCUCUCAGAACCUUCUGGCCAACCCCAUGAGCAAUCUGGUGCUAUCAGAGCCCCCGAGGGUGCGGCUGGCAGAGCCACUCCGAGGAUGCCCCUCUGGACCCCAUCCCUCAGCUGGCAGGGGACCUGCUGCCACCUGCAAAGUCCCAGUCUCCAUUGAGCACCCCCAGCCAACCCAGGAGCCGGACCCCCUCAGCAUGACAUUUGUGGGUGCGCCCAUCCAGACCUCCACCCCCGCUGGUACCACAGCCACACCUGGCCCCAUGGCAGCCUUCUCCUAUGGCACCUCAGAUGUCGGGACCCAGCCUGGUGGCCCCCAGGGGCAAGCAGUUCCUGCCUCUGUCCCUGCCUCCUCGACAGCCUCGCCCCCCAUCACAGUCCUCCCCUCUGCUCCUACUCCUGCCCCUCAAGCUGCUACGAACUAUGCCCCCUCAAACACCCCCCACCCCUCCACCCAGAUGCACCACUCCCCAACCUUGCCCUCACCCACCACCCACUCCCCUCCACGCAACCCCCACUCCCCCCCUCGAACCUCGUCCUCCCCGGCUUCAGUCAACGACACCCGAGGUCCACGUGUCGCAGAGCCAGCUCGGAAAAGCAUCCUGGAGCUGGAGCGGAAGCUUGCCCACCGAAAGAGCGGCAAAUUCCCUGACAGCUCCCGAGAGUCGAAGCAGCUGGCCUGGGAGAGGCUGGUGGGGGAGAUUGCCUUCCAGCUGGACCGCAGGAUCCUAUCCAGCAUUUUCCCCGAGCGUGUGCGGCUGUACGGCUUCACCGUCUCCAACAUUCCUGAGAAGAUCAUCCAGGUGUGUUGUGCCCGUCUCCCACCCUCUGCUGGAGGGCCAGCCUGCAGGGCACGGAGAGGGAGCAGGCUGGCCCCUGAGGGCUGCUGGGCCCUGCACUCCAGGCAGGCCGAGCGCAUCAGAACCCGGGGGCACCCUGGGAUAGGAGAGCACGGGGCUCAGUCCAAGUGGCCAGCAGCUGUCCGGGACAUCCGGGGCAUCCGGGGCAUCCGGGGCAUCCGGCAGCAGGAGCCUGUGCUCCCAGGCACACGCAUGGCCUCCCCAGGGGGCAGAGCAGGGGAGGGUCCCCAGCAAGGUCAGGCCUGUGCUCCCCACCUUUGCCACUGCGAUGGCCUCUGGUCUGCCAGGCCUCGCUCCCAGGGGCCCUCCUCAGACUGGCAGCGCUCACGCCUUCUCCCCGGCCCUGUCCGAGUCCUCAAAGGAAGUCCUCACGGGUCAUACGGGGCACAGGGGAGGCAAGUCUCAGAGUGUCUGAGCGGCUGGCGGCCUGGUGGCCGGUCGGGGUCUUCAGGCAGGCUCACCGCAGUGUAUUCCCAGCACUCUCGUCCACCGAGCUGCUCCCACUGAGCUGCUCCCGCUGACGGGUACGGAGGACGGCACUCCCCAAACGUGCUUGGCGCGUGUCCUCGCCACCCGCCACCCGGUGCGGGAGGCCCGCGUACAGAAGCGCUCCGGGUCUGGGGCGCGGGCUGCGCUUGGCGAGGAAGGCCCAGGAGCCUCUUCCCAGAAAGAGCCCUUGCGCAGCCUCCCCCCAUCCCACCCCGCCCCUCCCCGCCCACGGAGGGUGGGGCCGCCGCGUGGGGCAGGGGUGGGAGGCGCCCCCCACAGCCUUUCAGCCUUUCGGUCUCCCAGUGGGAAGUAGCUGUGUGUCCCCAGGCCACUCUCUCUCCAGCCGUCCUGAGAUGAGUGGAGGGGCUGUAGGCCUGGGUCUGUGCGUGGGCAGGAAUGGCCUUGGUUUCAGUGGGCUCGACCUGUGUCCCGGUUUGAGUUUUGUUAA